AUUUUGUAUGAUUUUAAUGCCCACUUACAUUUUUAAAUUCCAUCUUAUCCUGUAUGCCUUUAACAGGCCUGAGCUUCAAAAUGCAUGUUGGAGAUUACUCUGUGAAUGAAAUGUACAUAAUUUUUCAACCUUUUUUAAUUACUGUAAGAGAAACGACCAGUCCAAAAUGUGUUCACUCAUUUCUGUUAAAGUAAAGGAUUACACAAACGUAAUAAAUUGCAUUCUGAUUGAAGAGCAUGAUUGGGGUUGUGUUGCCACAUAGUUAAAACCCAGAAAAUCAUACUCGUAGUCACUAAUGUGAGAACAUCAAAUCCGUUAUAUUUUAACUGGUUGAUUUAAUUCACGUUUACGGCCGAUUAUCAAUUAGUUAUUCUCCAUUUCUCUUUCAGUAAAGAACGUAUUUUUGUUUUAUGUGUAUACUGUGUUUGGCAUGAUACAUCGUGGUUAGCACACAGUAUUCUGGAGAACGCAUGUUCAGAUCUCACCAGGGAAAUAUCCCGAUUCCAAAUUCGGUGUUUGACUGCCGUUGUUAUUCCCUUCAUGGAAAUAAUGUGAUAUACUUAUAGACGAGUGCUUAUUCAUCAUUAUCAAACCUCUGUUCACAGUCAUCUGCCAUUCCUUGUUGUAUAGCGUAUUCGGUCGUUUGUCAGCGUGUGACAUGAACAGUAAAUUCGCUAAAUGGCAGACGAUACCUAUUUCAUCUGCGCGAUAAAUAUAUACCUCCUCGCGACGUGUACAUGUCGGAGAUUAUUGCGAAUAAGUUCAUUAACUGGAACGUAUGUUUCUACCCUUUUUAUGGACUGUAUAUCGUCCUUUAAUAUUUUUUUUAUCUCUGAUAAUAUUCGGCUGUAGCAGACUUACAGUAUUUACAACUUCCAGUUCAGUAAAUUAGAACAAAAGUGUCAGUAUACGAGUAGGAAAUAGACUAUGUUCGGAGAUUCGAAAUCUACAUGAACAUGAUCAGGUAUAAAAUGAAAAUGGGCAUUAACGUCCAUAUAAGCGUAUCCGUAGACUGAUUGUCAGGUUGCAAUGUGGAAUGAAAGAAUUAGGCUUAAGAAAAAUAUAGGCUUUGGCUCGCAGGGGGGGGGUUACCUAAGCAUUCAAUACAAAUAAAGGUCAGAAUUCAAUGCAGUGGUUUGUGAAAGUCUGAUGCGUUCCAGUACUUCCAGGGCAACAUAGGCAACAGGCUUUUCCAGAUGAACCGUAUUCUCUUCUCUUCCGUGCUCGAACUCUUCGGUCUUGCAGAUAUCUCCCUUACAGAAUUUCUAAAAUAGAGUGCUUUUCAUGAUCCCAUCUGAACAAAAUUCUUCUAAUAUGCAAUAUUAACAUUUUAAAAGGUCCACGAGGUCAACGGUGGAGAUAUACAUCUAUUCCCCCCAUGUAUGCCUUCAUGGCAUAAUGAUUAACAAAUUGAGCAAAGGGGCAGGUUUAACUAUAUCUCCACAGGAGGAAAAAUUAUGAUACUCCUGUUUCAACAUCGAAAGUGUACUAUGAAAAGUACGAUGUUCUGGGAUGUUAUGCCUUGUAGUCUAGUAAAACUCUACCAUCGUUUUAGAGGAACGUACCUACUGUCUCCAUCUUCUGGUCGAAGAACCUGCUUGCUGCUUGUUUGGCGUACUCUUCUACCCUGAAGUAAGGGGCAGUAUGUCCCUCCAAAGAGAUGGGGCAAAUCUACCAGACUACACAGCCUAACAUCCCAGAAUAUAGUAUCCUUAAAAGAAUUUCAUAUUAUCUGACAUCUUCUUUGUUGCGGGAGACACCGAUUACGCGAACAACCAAUGCAGCUGGCACGCCUACAAACAGCCGAAAGAUAAAACAGUUUCUGGACUGCGGUACAUCAAACGAUUGAUGAGAGUGGAAGGGGUGUGAAUUAUCAUCUGCAGUGUAGUGUGAUGGAUCUGUAUCAGUCUUUCUACCAGCAUGUUCAGGUUCGCCAUGGAUGUCAACUGUUCCUUCCUUACGGGCAUUUGGCAAAAAUAUGGAGGUCGUGUGAGGAAGUUCGUCCGCUUCUCUGUGCUCCUGACAUGCACCAUUGUUGUCAUUGUACAGCUGUGUGAGUGUUUCUCCAAACUCUUUUCACCACCAAUAUCUUCUCACCUUCGUGUUGUGGUGAAUCAGAGCAUGACAUAUCCAGCAAUCACCAUCUGCCGUUAUCCAUCAUACAAACCUGAUGUUCUCCAGAAAUAUAACUUGCAAAAUGUCCGCACAACAAGUGACUGGGAAGAUUUCCCAUAUGAUAAAAUAACACUGGAAGAAUUCUGGAAUGAAUCCACAUAUAGAAUGGAUGAAGGAUACUUUCUUUCUGCCCUCAACGCACUUCGGCAGAGUGUACAAAUUAAGAGUACAUACUAUUUAAUAUGGGGUCAGUGCCACACAAUUUUGCCUCUCAUCCAAACUACGUCAUCAGGUAAAGGAAGUGGCUAUUCUGUGAUGCUUUAUCAAAAAGAAAUAUCAUACAUCCAUUCUGAGAAUGACCCAGAAGAAGGCUGGCACAUUUUUGUACAUCCUGCCACUGACCCUUGGACAGAGAGCACACAGGAAUAUACUGGAGAGGAUGAGAGCCUGCUUCUGGCAGUGGGAGAAGAACUGCAUGUGAGGAUUGGUGUACAGGAGUACCAUCUUGUGGACAAAGCAGAUGAUCACUGCAAUGCCAGUCUGGAUCACAGUCAUGAAGAGUGUGAGCAGCGAUGCAAGAUGAGGCAGCUAGUAAAAAAGAUAGGCUGUACAGGUCCAUGGAUACCUGAAGUUGAUGUUGACGUUCCUUUGUGUAAUGAAUAUGAAAUGUUGAAGAACCUACUGAAAGACUACAUUAACAACCUAACAUGUGAGCCACCAUGCUGUAACUGCAUUCGCCCAUGCCACUCACUGCAGUUUGUACCUUACAUAGUGAAACGUCAACCCAUGGAAACAACAGAGCCAAACCAUCGAUUCAGUCAACUUUAUCUGUUUUAUAAUUCUCGUAUGGUUCAAGUAGCAGAAGAACGCUUGGCUUAUGAUUGGUCUUUGUUUUUAUCAGAUCUAGGUGGAUCACUCGGUUUCUUGCUAGGUCUCUCAGUACUUGGAAUUAUUGGAAUUGUGGAGCGACUCAUUGACUUGCUCUAUGGCAGUCUCCAACCUCCAGAAAGGACUAUAGACCAUAUACUUACACCAAGACUGUCAGGCUUCAACAGUAACAAGGAUUCAGAUGAGAAUAUGGACUCCAUUUGUUGCAGAAGAGAGGAAAAAAUUUUCAGUUUACAUAAUAUGCAGACAAUGAAAUGUAAAAACAAACUUUCUUCACAGCCACAUGAAACUAAAUAUUAGUUGCCUGUAAUAUAUAGAGUAAUUAAAAAUAUCAGAAACAAGACUCCAUAAACACAUUCACACCAAAUGUCAUGACAAAGUGGUUGGCAUUCCUGCUUUGAGUUUUGGAGAUGACAGGUUCAAUUAUUGGUCUGGAGACUGACUAUCCUGGCAGAUUUUUAUGGUUUUGCUUGGUUUCAUGCAAAUGCUGGUUUAGUGACUUAGAUGAUUAUAUUAGUUCAUGUUAUUUAAGUCAUCCCAAGUGGAGAAAUCUGAUGAGUAACCGCAAAAUAAAUAAAUCAGCAUGCUCCUCCUCUCACUACAAGUCACAAGAUUGAUGAUGCUGCCAAGUACAUUUUCAGUAACAAGUUAGGAAUUGUAUGCACAACUUAAUAAUUCUGGUGCAUUCUGUCCCUUGUUUAUUCAUGUCAAAGUUCAUAAGACUUAUGGAAAAAGAGUACUGGGCAUAAAAUAAGUGUUUCAUUUUUUGCUACAACUUUUAUUGAAAACAUUUCUUCAUCCCAUACAUUUUCAAUGAAUUAUGUUCAAGAUGUGUGCAGCAUUGAAUGUGGAUCUUCACUUAAAAGUCUAGUACUGUUUUUUAACAAAAACUGGAAUGGUUUGACAGACUUUAGUAAAACUCUGCACUAUCAAAUUUAAUGAAAAUCCAUGUAGCAGAUUUAUCAUACAUGGACAGACAGACAUGGAAAAAGCUAACCAUCACAUUUCUUCAACUUUCCAUGGUAUAUGUCCCAAUAAAAAUGGAAUAAUAUACUUUUCAUAAUUUGUUUAGGACAGAAAAGUAAAAAAAAUAUUCGUUUUGUUAAGUGUUCAUCCAGCAAUAAAUGCUAAGGUUUUA